CCGAUCUUGACUCUGGCUGUGACCAACGGUGUGCUGGGUGGUGCUGGUGAUCUGUUGGCUCAGUCGAUCGAAAACAGGACUGAGUCAACGAGCACUCCGUUCUGCUGGGAUACCAGGCGCACAAUCCGCUUUGUCACCUGGGGCGCCAUAUGUGCGCCGGUCUUGCACAAGUGGUACCUAUUUUUGAACUGCCAGUUUCCACUGCCAGCCCUCGACACCAGCAAGACCCUGUUUGCAUCCGCUGUUGCUAAGCGCGUCGCAGCCGACCAGCUCGUCUACGCCCCGCUCGGCAUCGCCGGCUUCUUCAUUGCCAUGAAUGCUAUGGAGGGCCACGGCUGGCGAUCGGCCAAGCACCGCCUCGGCGAGCUCUACCGCCCAACGCUGUUUGCAAACUACGCCGUGUGGCCCGCUGUGCAGGCGAUCAAUUUUGCCUUCAUUCCAACAAUUUACCGUGUCCCGUUCUGCAGCGCUAUCAGCAUCUUUUGGAACGCCUUUAUUUCGUGGACGAACGCACAG